CCCCCGCCGCCGCGCGCCCCCCAGUCCCGCCCCGGUGGAGCUGCCUCCUCGGUCGCUAGGUCUCCCGCCAGGAGGCUGCGAUGGUCCCCGCAGGCGGCCACCACCGGCCCGAUAGGCCUCCCGUGAUCUACGUGACGCGCUUCGCCUCGCACCGGCCUGGCGUGUGGCCCUUGAGGGGCCCCCGGGGUCUCCGCCUUCAAGGCCCGGGGCCCGGGGCCUGCUGGGCCGUGGAGCGAGCCGCCGUGGAGAGCGGGCCCCCGGGAGGAGAGCUGCCCACCGGCUCCCGCGCCCGGGUCGCCGCCGCCGCCGCCGCCGCCACCCCGGCCUCCACCUCCUUCGAGCUGCGGAGGUCGGGGGCGUCAAGAGCACCGAGGGGCCUGGAGCAAGCGGCGCGAGCAGGUUUAAACCAGAAUAAUGCAGCUAAAGAGUUUGAUUUCCCCAUACCACUGAAUGAGGCCUCCAAAAUAAUGAAGGAAAGGAAAAAGGUCUUAGUGUGGAAAAAAGUACACAAAGUAAUUUCCAGAAUGAUUGCAGAAAAUGAAAAAUACAGACACAGACUGAAGUGCCAAAAUUUAUCUAGUGAAAUUCGAGUUAAUACAAGGUGAAUGUGAAUCUUCCUGUCGUCUCUGGUGAGAAUCCACUGAGAUGACUGAUGAGACCUUUCCCUCCCUUUGUAUCCUGCUUUCUCUAACCUUUGGAAUUAGCCUAUUGUUACUUCUAACCUGCUUCCUUCCGUAACCCAGUGUUUGGCACAUAGCACACCUUGUUAAAUUUUGUUUGACAUUUAAAUUUUCACUUAGGCCCCAUCUCUGUUAUGCCCUUGAAACUACUCUCUCCAUGAUCUUAUCUCCAUGAAAUAUGUGUGUGUAUGUAUGUAUAUAUAUAUAUAUAUACACAGACAUGUGAGUGUGUGAUUUUUCUUGUUUUAUAUGUCUCUGCUCUGCUUUGUUUUCUAUCUCUUGGAAUGUGUUGUCAUAUGUAAUAUGACCUCACCACUCCUCUCUUAGUUUGCUACAGUCAUGUCAUGAUUCUCAUUCUGUCCCUCUGACUGCAUUUUCAUUCAUUUUUAAGUUGCUGUCCUAGGAGUAAUUACUCAUACUAUCAUCUCUUCACACAUUCACUUCCGAACAACUCACUGUCUUUUAUAGCCUUAGCGACUAUUUCUAUCCUCCCCAUGGCCUCUGAUAGUUUCAGCUAUUCCAUAGGUACUUACACAGUCUACAGUCUACAUGAGCAUAUAGUCUCCCCUUGCUUUUUAGUUGCCCCUGGUUUCCAACCACACGGCUUCAAUUCACAUAUAGAUGAAGAAAACUUCAUCCAGUUUUCUGAGUCUUAAUUUACAAAGACAAUCAGACUUUGUAAAUGAGAAGAUGAGGCCAAAGCAGUGUAAGGAAAGUGCAUUUUAGACCAGAACAUGGGCUGAGACAGUGUCCGUGAGAGGAUGGGUUUCCUCAUUUCUCUUACAAAGCUAUUACAAAAUGGAAAUAUGCAAAAUUCUCAUGAAUGUCAGGUCGGUACAAUAAUUCGAAGUUUUAUUUCUUUCCUAGCUACAACUUAAUCACUUCAUGAGAUUCCAACAACCUUGGAAUGUGGUUGUGUGUUCUUCAAGUGACUAGUAAAUCCUCCUGCUUCCAUCUGGGCAAAUGGCCUAGGCUUUGCAUGCAUCUGAGAGCCACAGUUUCCCUGAAUACAGGCUCAUCCAACUUCUUUGGACAGUGCUAAGUAAAGUUUCACGUUGCUUCAUCCCUCAACGAAGUUUCAAAUGUUAGUUCACACAACUUAAAUAUAUUACCAAAUGGAGCAUGUUUAUAAAUUUGACUGCAUGACAUUUUGUGGAGAGUGUGGACAGAGCUUUUCGGUGUAGUUCAACCUUAUACUUAUGUUUAUGUGACCUGUCAACUCUUCAUGGAAACACAGCCUGUUUUGUCAGUUCUGUCAGUGUUUAUUCAUGUCACUGUAUGGGUGUCAUGCUAGAUAGUGUCCUGCGUUCUAGAACAGUGCAGCUCUAAAGACUUUCAUGGAAAUGAAUGUUCUAAAUGUUGUAUUUAUUGUUUAAUAAAUUCUGGUGAAAUAUAUUAAAUCUAUUUUGUUGAACAGAAUAUAAAUACAAUGUGAAAUUUCUUCUGAAAUAUCAUUGAAUACCAGGUGUGAUAUCAUGACUUGUUCAGUGUUUCAGAUUC